CUUGUGCAUCCACAUACCUGCAUUUAAUUUGCGUCUGAGCCGACGAGUUUUGUCUUCUGGGUUUCUUGCAAAUCAGAAUGUGAAGACAACAAAGAAGAGCACAUGAGUUCUAAUCUUUUGGGUUUCUCAGGAUCUGUUCGUUUUCCCGAGAAAGAACUCUCCUUUCUUGUUUUUGCUGUAAAACCCAACAAAAAGAAAGAAACCGUUUGGAUCUCAUGAAGCAGUCCUAAGAGGACUCAAGACUUCAAGGUUGUGUCUUCAAACAUGGAGAAGGAAAAUGCUGUCUCUCGUCCUUUCACUCGUGCCUUUGCCUCUGCCUUGCGCGCUUCUACUACACAUAAUCAACAGAGAGCAAACAGAAAAAGACCAGCCUCGGAGGAGGAUAAGAACAUCACUGCACCCACAUUCAAUAAGAAGAAGAAGAAGCGAGCGGUUCUAGGAGAUAUCUCAAACGUUGGCUUCAAUGCAGCUAAACUCGAGGCGAAAAACAUCAUCAAGCAGGUCAAGAAAGAAUCGGUUGAUACCUCAGAAGUCACAGAUCUUCAGUCCAAGACCCAUGCAAAAGCUGAAGAAGUAUCAAAUGACACAGCUGAUAACUGUAAAAGUGAUGUUAUUGGUAGCUCAACUGCAUUAGAAUUAGAUAUCCCAAAAGUCAUAAACAUUGAUUCAGAUGAAAAGGAUCCUUUACUCUGCUGCCUCUACGCCCCUGAAAUCUACCACAAUUUGCGUGUAUCAGAGCUUAGACGCAGACCGGUUCCAGAGGUGACACAGAAGGAUGUCACUCACUCCAUGCGUGGAAUUCUAGUUGACUGGCUUGUGGAGGUCUCUGAGGAAUACACGCUUGUACCCGACACUCUUUACCUCACAGUCUAUCUCAUAGACUGGUUCCUCCACGGAAACCACAUAGAAAGACAGAAUCUUCAACUCCUUGGCAUCACUUGCAUGCUAAUUGCCUCGAAGUAUGAGGAGAUCUGUGCGCCACGUGUCGAAGAGUUCUGCCUCAUGACGGAUAACACCUACACAAGAGAUCAGGUCCUGGAGAUGGAGAACCAAGUGCUUGCGCAUUUCAGCUUUCAGAUAUACACUCCCACUCCGAAAACUUUCCUAAGGAGGUUUCUCAGAGCAGCCUCUUCUUACCUGAGCCAGCGCCGCCUUGAACUGGAGUUUCUAGCCAGCUACUUGACGGAGCUGACGUUGAUAGACUGUCGUUUCUUGAAGUUUCUUCCUUCAGUCAUCGCUGCUUCAGCGGUUUUUCUUGCCAAAUGGACAUUGGACCAGUCAAACCACCCAUGGAAUCUAACUCUUGAGCACUACACAACGUACAAAACGUCUGAUCUGAAAGCAUCUGUACAUGCGUUGCAAGAUCUGCAGCUUAACACCAGAGGUUGCCCUUUGGGUGCUAUACGCAUGAAGUAUAGGCAAGAAAAAUUCAAAUCUGUGGCGGUUCUUAUAUCUCCAAAACUACUUGACACACUAUUCUGAAGGAGUAAACCGAACGGUUUAACUCCUAACCGAUAAUUGAUCUGUAACGUUGAUGAUCCGGUUCGUCUUCAUUCAUCUGUUGCUCUUUUUGUUCAUAAAACAGUUCCCACUUCCCACUCAUCUAAUACCUGAUUAGAAUUCGGUUUA